UUGAGUUCUUAAAACGAAACGUCAAAAUCUCUCUUUUCCAGCUAGUUGCUUUCAUUUUUCGCGACGUGUUGCGGUUCACGGUGCCAGCGAAAUAUCCCCAAAAACUGCUGCAAAAUGCAAGGACCAGCCGUAUUUAUCGACGCCGAGAUCGAGGAUCAGGCUCAAGAGCUGCGAAAGUUCUUCAAAUCCCUUGGGGCAGAAAUAAGUGAGGAAAAGUCGUCGAAGGGAAUCGAAGAUGAUCUGCACAAGAUCAUUGGCGUUUGCGACGUGUGCUUCAAGGAUGGCACCCAGCACACCCUUGAGGAAAUCGAUGCCGUUCUCAACAGUGUCGUUUCCAUCAUCGUAUCGAUUCCAUUGGAGCGUGGGGAGAAUCUGAUCUUGGCCUUCUGCGAGAAAAUGACCAAAGCUCCAGAUACCAACUUGGCUCGGGUUUGUUUACAAUCUCUUUGGCGGCUGUUCAGCAACUUGGAAGCCACUUCCCCACUACGAUACCACGUCUACUAUCAUCUGGUUCAGGUGGCCAAAAGGGCCGAGCAGGUCAAAGAAGUCUUUUCUGGCGUGGAUCAACUGAAGGCUCAGUUCACCCAGUGCCCUCCCUCAAACGAGCAAAUGCAAAAGUUGUACCGACUGUUGCAUGACGUUCUGAAAGACACCAACAGUGAGCUGGCGUCGAAGGUGAUGAUCGAACUGCUGGGAACCUACACGGCAGAAAAUGCUUCCUAUGCCCGCGAAGAUGCCAUGAAGUGUAUCGUGACGGCCCUGGCCGAUCCGAAUACUUUCCUGCUGGAUCCACUGUUGUCGCUGAAGCCUGUGCGGUUCCUGGAGGGGGAAUUGAUUCACGAUUUGCUCUCAGUGUUUGUGUCGGAGAAAUUGCCAAGCUAUUUGCAGUUCUACAAAAACCACAAAGAAUUCGUAAAUUCUCAGGGACUGAACCACGAACAGAACAUUAAAAAGAUGCGUCUCCUGUCGUUCAUGCAGCUGGCGGAGAGCAAUCCCGAGAUGACUUUCCAGCAGCUGCAGGAUGAGCUGCAGAUCGGCGAAAACGAAGUCGAACCGUUCAUCAUCGAGGUGCUGAAAACGAAGCUGGUUCGGGCCCGGAUGGACCAGAAGACUCGCACGGUGCACAUCUCCAGCACCAUGCACCGGACGUUCGGUCGGCCUCAGUGGCAACAGUUGCGUGAUUUGCUGCACGCGUGGAAAACCAACCUGACGUUGGUUCAGGAAAACAUGAAAUCCGUCUCUGAUGCGCAAAUCGAACUCGCGCACAAGCAGUAAGAAAGUGGUUCAAAUUGCGAUUGUUUAGAAUACAGAAAAUUAACAAGUGAAUUAGACUAUCUACGUUUAAAUCGAACUAAUCGAAGGAAGCAUCAGUGUAUCCAUUGUUGUGAGAAGUAAGUGAUUCCUCCCGGCCAGCCAACCUCGGCCAUCGUCAUCUCGUUGUUCGUGGUGGUGGUGACGACAAGUUUAAAGUGUAAUUUAUCUCUGAAGGGUUUGCGCGAGGGCGGGAGCUUAUUGUGUGCACCAGGGUAAGAAAAAAAAACCUACCAGAAAAACAAAAGACUACUAGCAAAAGGGAGCAGGACUCCGACGAAUCUAGCAGGGCCUUUGGGCCUUGAUCUAGAGAUCGGACGGUAUCCUGUGGCCCCCCAAGGUUUGUGGGAGUUGUUUCGUUCAAUACCUUAAUCAGCAUCGUUUAGAGUAGUUCGAGGGAGUUAGCGAUAGGCUUGUAUCGGUUACAGUUUUCAUAAGUAAUAUAUACAAUUUUAAAGUAUGAACGAAACGAAA